UUUGUUACCAAGAAGAGUUACCCCUCAAAAACUCCUGUCACUAGAGUUGUAGAAGGGGGUGAACCUGUAGAAUUUAAAUGUUUAUUCCGAGACUGGCCCCAACCACCACCCCCAGGAAAAGUUUAUACUAACAGUAAAAUUGCUAAAACAAUCCAGACAAAGUUUGAUGCCACCACAUUACAUAAUAAUCAUGCAUUAGCUGCUGAAACUCAGAUGGUGGAUGAUGGAUCUGGAGAAGUUGAGGUGUGGAGAGUACAAGAUUUUGAUCUGGUAGCAGUUGAUAAAGUUAAGAAUGAACAAUUAUCUUAUAUAUUUCUGGCUGGUAAGUUAGGAAUAAACAAUUAUCUUAUAUAUUUCUGGCUGGGAGCAAAGUCAAGUGCAGAUGAACAAGGUACAGCAGCUUUAAAAGCUGUAGAAAAAGAUGAUGAACUAGGUGGUGCAGCUGUUCAGAUUCGUGUUGUUCAGAAUAAAGAACCACCACACUUUAUGUCAAUGUUUGAUGGCAAGAUGGUAGUUUUCUCUGGUGGUAAAGCUGGUUGGAGUGGAGGAAAUAAUAAUGAUGGACCAGGUGAUAAAUAUAUGUUACAAGUUCGUGGUAUGUCUAAACUUAACUCUAAAGCUGUCCAAGUGGAACUUCGUGCUGCCUCUUUGAAUUCUAAUGAUGUAUUUGUUAUCUUCACUAAAACAGCUGUUUAUAUCUGGGCUGGAAAGGGCUGUACAGGAGAUGAAAGAGAAAUGGCUAAAUUAGUAGCCAGUAGAUCACCCAGACAAGCAACAAUGGUGUUUGAGGGUCAAGAGAAAGAUGAUUUUUGGAAGGUAUUGGGAGGUAAAGAAGAAUAUGCCCAUGAUAAACGAUUAGCAGCAGAAGAUAGUACUCAUCCACCAAGAUUAUUUCAACUAUCUAACGCUUCAGGUAAAUUUACCUGUGUAGCAAUACCAGAUUUUGUUCAGAGUGAUUUAGUAGUAGAAGAUGUUAUGUUAUUAGAUGCCUGGGAUACUAUCUAUGUAUGGAUUGGUAAUGAGGCCAAUAAACAAGAGAAGGAUGAAGCCACAAGAGUUGCAAUUGAAUAUUUAAAGACAGAUCCUUCAGGUCGUGAUGAAGAUACACCAAUAUUAAAAAUAAAACAAGGUUUUGAACCUCCAUCAUUUACUGGUUUCUUUGGUGUAUGGGAUCGAGAAUUGUGGAGUGUAAGCCAUUUUUAUUUAAAAUCAUUACUGUCCUAG